AACGAAUUUAAUGAAUAAAACAAAUUAAAAUUUAAUCACUGAAGAGGAAAAUCAAAAUCAUUAGAGUUUCACACUUCCUCUGUCAGAAGUCUCAAAGAGCAAGACAAAGCGCGCGAAAGGUGGUAAAACCCUAGCGAAGCAAUGCCGGAGCUUCCAGAGGUAGAGGCAGCAAGAAGAGCGAUAGAAGAGAACUGCUUGGGGAAGAAGAUCAAGAGAGCGAUUAUAGCCAAUGACUCUAAAGUCAUCGAAGGAGUCUCUUCUGUGGACUUCGAGUCCGCUCUCUUAGGCAAGACCAUCGUCUCUGCUCACCGAAAGGGCAAGAACCUCUGGCUCCACCUUGAUUCCCCUCCUUUUCCCUCUUUCCAGUUCGGCAUGGCCGGUGCUAUUUAUAUAAAAGGCGUUGCUGUUACAAAAUAUAAGAGGUCUGCUGUAAAAGACAAUGAUGAAUGGCCGUCCAAAUAUUCAAAGUUCUUUGUUGAACUAGAUGAUGGUUUGGAGCUAUCUUUCACUGAUAAGAGGCGAUUUGCUAGAGUCCGCUUGCUCAAAGAUCCUACAUCUGUGCCUCCAAUAUCUGAGCUUGGUCCUGAUGCACUGUUUGAGCCUAUGACAAUUAAUGAAUUUACUGACUCCUUAAGCAAGAAGAAGAUUGGAAUUAAAGCUCUAUUGCUUGAUCAGAGUUACAUCUCAGGAAUUGGCAAUUGGAUUGCAGAUGAAGUGCUAUACCAAGCAAGAAUUCAUCCACUGCAGAUUUGUUCCAGCCUGUCCAAAGAAAACUGUGCAACUUUACACAAUUGCAUCAAGGAGGUCAUUCAGUAUGCUGUUGAAGUUGAUGCUGACUGCAAACGUUUUCCUUGUGAUUGGUUGUUUCAUUUUCGGUGGGGCAAAAAGUCUGGAAAAAUUAAGGGUAAGAUACCUCUCAUGAAACUGAUAAUCAUGUUGAAAAAAUUGUUUUUACAGGUUAUUGAAAAAGCAGUUGAAGUUGGGGCAGAUAGUAGUCAGUUCCCAAGUAAUUGGAUAUUUCAUUCUCGCGAAAAGAAGCCUGGCAAGGCUUUUGUUGACGGGAAGAAAAUUGAUUUUAUCAAUGCUGGUGGCAGGACAUCCGCAUAUGUACCUGAGUUGCAGAAAUUGAGUGGAACAGUAGCUACAAAAGCAGCAGGUAAACCUAGAAAGCAGGCUUCAAAGAAAAAAGGAGGUGAUGAGGCUGAGGAUAAUGAUGAUGAUGAAGAUGGCGUUGGUGAUGAACCUACGAAUGAGGAAGAGGAAAGCACUAAAAUAACCAAACCUAAGAAGGGGGGAAACCCUAGAGGUCGUGGUAGAAAGCCCCCUAUGAAAAGAAAAGCCAAAGAGAGUGAUGAUGAUGAUGAUGAUGAUGAUAGUGGUGGUAACAAUGAUGGUAGCAGUGAAGAGGAUGAUGAAGAUCUGACAGAGAAAGAUAGGAAGGUUAAAACUAAUACUAGUAACAAACAAGUGAAGACUGUGAAGACAUCGAAGCGACCAGUGAGUAGUCAAGAUGGUAAGAAGCCUAAGAGAGCAAGUAGCUAGCUGAUGAAUCAUUUAACGUCUCCAGAUACGUCUGCCCAAGUUUUGUAAGAAUGGAAGGGCGGUGUCAUGUUCUUGUAACUAGGAUUGCUUGUUCAACCUUGUUAUUAGAUCACACUUGGCUUAAAUUCUGAAUCGGCGGCUACCUUGUACUGCAGCUGUUUGUUGCAGGGUAUUUUGAAAAUUUUCAGUGUGUUUUAAGUUAUUUGAAGUUUGAAGCUCUAAACAA